AUGGACAUCUCCAGCUACCUGGCUAUAGGUGGCUGGUUCAUCCAGGUUAUCUUCGACAAGUAUCUUUCCUACAAGCUCCAGAGGUGGGCAGUCAACUGUGGCAUCGACCAUGAGCUAGACAGGCUUCGUGUUGCUUUGCUUCGCACACAGUCAGUUCUCCAUGGAACUGAGCUGGCGCCCACACUCUCCCACAGCUCUCUUCCAUGGAUGCGGGAGCUCCGAGAUUGCAUGUAUCAUGCAGAAGAUCUCCUAGACAAGCUUGAGUACAACCGCCUCCACCAUGAAAUGGAAGAAUCAAGUGCAAAUGGGAGCAGCAGUAGCCCAAUCAGCACCUUCAUGCAUUCCCGGUUUCGCAACCAAGGUGCCCCAGCUUCUAGCCCGGAGCCAUGUUGGGAUAGAUCAACCAAGGUAAAGAAUGAGAUGGUAAAUCUAUUGGAGCGUAUUGAGCAGGUUGCAAGUGGAGUUAGUGAAGCACUCAGCCUACCCAGGAGCAUCAGGAGCAACAAUUGCAACACCAUGACUAGCUCAAUAAUCCAUGGGAAAAUCAUUGGGCGGGACUUCAAAUCCCAACAGUUGGUAACCGCUCUAACAAGCUCUCAGGAUGAGAAUCCAGUCUCUGUUGUCUCUAUUGUUGGGGUAGGUGGCAUAGGCAAGACUGCUCUAGCACAGCAUGUGUACAACGACACUAGAAUAACUGAGAACUUUAAUGUGAGAAUGUGGAUCUCUGUUACUUAUCUCUUUGACGAGUUGAGGAUCACAAAAGAAAUGCUGGAGUCAGCUUCCAGCAGUCGGUUUAGGCAUGAUGGCACAACAAAUUUCAAUAGACUUCAAGUGGCGCUGACGGCAAGGCUUGCUUCAAAACGGUUCCUCCUUGUCUUAGAUGAUGUUUGGAACAAUGACAACAUUACAAUAGCAAUAGAACAAGAGAACUGGCAGAAGCUGCUAGCCCCCCUAAAGGGUGGAGCAAAGGGGAGCAAGAUACUUCUGACAACUCGGUCACGUAUGGUGGCUGAGAUGUUGCAAUCGUCCUAUAUAAUUUGUUUGGAGGCCUUGCUAGUUAAUGACUGUUGGUCCCUGAUAAAGUCUUGUAUGUUUGAUGAGACAAGCCACAACAUCAACUCACAAUUGGAGAACAUCGGAAGGAAAAUCGCUGAGACACUCAGUGGUCUUCCUCUUGCUGCAAAGGUUGUAGCUAGACACCUGAAAUGUAAACACAGUGUAGAUGAGUGGAAACAGGUCUUGCAGAGAAAUGCAGUAUGGGAGGAAAUCAUGCCAAUUCUAAGGACAAGUUAUGACAAUCUGCCACCACACCUAAAACAGUGCUUUGCAUAUUGCAGCAUCUUCCCCAGGGGCUGGGAAUUUGAAGCUGAGCAGCUGAUUCUCCAGUGGAUAGCACAAGGUUGCAGGAGAAUGGAGGACAUUGGGAAGGAAUACAUAAAUGAUCUGUGCAAUAAGUCCUUCUUCGCAAUUCAGAAGAAAGAAUUUGUCAGCUAUUAUGUGAUGCCUCCUGUAAUUUAUGAGCUUGCAAAAGCAGUUGCAACAGAAGAAUGCUUCAGAAUAGGAGAUGAUGAAUGGACAAGAAUCCCAUCAUCAGUACGCCAUCUGUUGCAGGCUUGGAAAAUUGCCUUCCAGAAUGAACAACUUGGUUAA